CGGGGGGAGGACGGUGGCCCGCGAGGCUCGUCGCAGACAACGCGGCGGCGAUGUCCGCGAGCCAGGCGAGUGCCGCGGCGGCAGCGGCGGGGCCUUGCGCGCGGCAGGGCGGCCUGGGCUUCGGCCUCCCUCCGGUUCCCUGGAAGCGGGCCGGCGACCAGCGCGGGAGCAGCAGCAGAGGCGGAGGCUCCAGCGCGUCUCUCUCCUCCCCCUCAGCCUGAGCCAGGGGAAGCCAGGCGGCCCGGGUGUCUGGAGGGGGGGGGGUGGUCCGCUGCCCGAGAAUGGGAAUUCUCUUCACCAGAAUAUGGAGACUGUUCAAUCACCAGGAGCACAAAGUUAUCAUUGUUGGGCUGGAUAAUGCAGGGAAAACUACCAUUCUUUACCAAUUUUCUAUGAAUGAAGUUGUACAUACAUCUCCUACAAUAGGAAGUAAUGUAGAAGAGAUAGUGAUUAAUAAUACACGUUUCCUAAUGUGGGAUAUUGGUGGCCAAGAAUCUCUUCGUUCUUCCUGGAACACUUACUAUACUAACACAGAGUUUGUAAUAGUUGUUGUGGACAGUACAGACAGAGAGAGGAUUUCUGUAACUAGAGAAGAACUCUAUAAAAUAUUAGCGCAUGAGGACCUAAGAAAAGCUGGAUUGCUGAUUUUUGCUAAUAAACAAGAUGUUAAAGAAUGCAUGACUGUAGCAGAAAUCUCCCAGUUUUUGAAGCUAACUUCUAUUAAAGAUGACCAGUGGCAUAUCCAGGCAUGCUGUGCUCUAACUGGCGAGGGAUUAUGCCAAGGACUUGAAUGGAUGAUGUCACGACUUAAGAUUAGAUGAUCUCUACUGACCUCUUCUCAUAGAUUUUGUAUAAAUGAAGUGCUGGACUUUACCUGAAAGCUGCAAAAAUUAAUGGUUUAGAUAUAUUUAUAAUAAACUGAUUUAAACUUUUUCUAUAAGAAGAAAAAUUAAGACCACUUAUUGAAAACAAAGGUGAAGUCUCACCUUCCAGUUUGCUUUCUCAUUAGUUUUUUCCAAAGUAAGUUAUUGAAGCUGUGAUUGACAUUUUUCUCAUAAUGAAUCCUCUCAGGACAUUGUGUAGCCUAUGGUAAGUACAAAGGGAGAGGAAGACAUUUUGAAUUUUAAGAGCUUUAUUAUCAGUUUAACCCUCCCUAGUUGAAUGUUAUUUUCUUCUUGUUCCAUUAAGUCAAAAUACAAAUCAGCACAGAUAUUCGAAUGUUUCCAAUAUUUUAAAAUGUAAUGUUACUUAUGAAAAGUAUUUUGCUUAAGGUUGUGUGUGUAUUGUGUAUAUACCUCAAGUUCAAGUUAAUGGCAUUGAUUUAUGUUCCAGACAAAAAUAACACAAAUAAUAAUAUCCUUCGUUAUAACCACAAUGAGAUAAGUAUUGGCAUUAGUGUUCAGUGCCAUUUUAUACUUUCUCUCUGUGUUCUCUGUAUUGUACUAACCAACCUCCCAAAUCGCUGAGCUGCUCGUUUAAAAAAAAAAAAAAAAG